GCCGACUUCCGGUUCCGGUGGCUGCGGCCGCGGGCGGCGGGCUGUGAGGCCGGGAGGAACGCGCAGCGGGCGCUCCUGCUCGGCGCCUGCCCCUCGCUGCCCUCUGGGCGGCCACAGCGCGGGGGCCUGGCUGCCCCCCGACACCUCUUCCGGGCGAUGGUGCGACCCGAGGGCGCGUCCGCCUCCCGCCGCCGCUGACCCGGGCCCCCCACUCCAUGGCCGCCUCGGCGCCGCCCCCACCGGACAAGCUGGAGGGAGGCGGUGGUCCCGCGCCGCCGCCCGCGCCGCCCAGCACCGGGAGGAAGCAGGGCAAGGCCGGUUUGCAAAUGAAGAGCCCGGAAAAGAAGCGAAGGAAGUCCAACACUCAGGGCCCUGCGUACUCGCAUCUGACGGAGUUUGCGCCACCCCCGACUCCUAUGGUGGAUCACCUGGUUGCGUCCAACCCUUUUGAGGAUGACUUCGGAGCCCCUAAGGUGGGGGGCGCGGCCCCUCCGUUCCUCGGCAGCCCCGUCCCCUUUGGAGGCUUCCGGGUGCAAGGGGGCAUGGCAGGCCAGGUGCCCCCGGGCUAUGGUGCCGGAGGUGGAGGGGGUCCCCAGCCUCUUCGUCGACAGCACCCCCCUUUCCCUCCCAACCCUAUGGGCCCUGCUUUCAACAUGCCCCCCCAGGGCCCUGGCUACCCGCCCCCAGGCAACAUGAACUUUUCCAGCCAACCCUUCAGCCAGCCGCUGGGUCAGAACUUUAGCCCUCCUGGCGGGCAGAUGAUGCCAGGCCCAAUGGGGGGGUUCGGCCCCAUGAUCUCACCCACCAUGGGACAGCCUUCCAGAGGGGAGCUGGGCCCUCCUCUCUCUCAGCGCUUUGCCCAGCCGGGGGCUCCAUUCGGCCCCUCUCCUCUUCAGAGACCUGGUCCGGGGCUCCCCAGCCUGCCCCCCAACACAAGUCCCUUCCCCGGCCCGGACCCCGGCUUUCCUGGGCCUGGGGUGGAGGAUGGGGGCAAGCCCCUGAACCCGCCCGCUCCCACGGCUUUCCCCCAGGAGCCCCACUCGGGCUCCCCAGCUGCUGCCGUUAACGGGAGUCAGCCCAGCUUCCCCCCAAACAGCAGUGGGCGGGGCGGGGGCACUCCAGAUGCCAACAGCCUGGCACCCCCUGGCAAGGCAGGUGGGGGCUCGGGGCCCCAGCCUCCCCCAGGCCUGGUGUACCCGUGCGGGGCGUGCCGGAGUGAGGUGAACGACGACCAGGAUGCCAUUCUGUGCGAGGCCUCCUGCCAGAAGUGGUUCCACCGCGAGUGCACGGGCAUGACUGAGAGCGCCUACGGGCUGCUGACCACCGAGGCCUCUGCCGUCUGGGCCUGUGAUCUCUGCCUCAAGACCAAGGAGAUCCAGUCUGUUUACAUCCGCGAGGGCAUGGGACAGCUGGUGGCUGCCAACGACGGGUGAUGCUGGCGCGGAGACCCGGGGAAGCGCGUCUGUUCCUCCCUGCUCCUCCAGGGGGCGGUUCCCGUGCGGGGCUCUGGGUCCGUGUUCCCACUGGCUUUCCAUCCCUCGGAGGAGAAACGCAGUGUCUCCUGAGGGCGGAAGAGGACCUGAGGUGGACGUGGACAGGCAGGAGCCUGGAUCGCUCACUGUUCUGGAACCUCUCCCGCCGAGAUCUACAGAGAUCCAGGAAACCAAAGCCCUGCCGCAGGAGCCAUUGUCUGGCGGGUGUUUCUGGAGGCCUGGGGGUCUGGCUGCGAGAGAAGAGGCUGGAAGAAGAUCCGGAAGGCAGGGGGAUCCCUUCUGCAGAUGGCGGGAGCGCCCAACACCUGUGCCUAACGCUCCCCUCCAGCCCCGCAGCUGCAGCCUUAGCUUUUGGAGUCAGGUGUCAAAGGUUUCUCGCCAGAGGAGUUUGGGUCUCUUCCCAUCCCUGCAGUAGUCCUUCCGCGGGCUCUGGGAGAGAGUGGAGGGAAUAAAGAGGGGUUUUCCUCUUUUCCCGCUCUCCCCUGCCUCCUCUACAACCUGCCAACUCUUUCUCCUUCAAAGAACCAAAUAGCUUGAAGAAACAGGAGAGUUCUUGGCCAUGGCAGUUUCUUGGUGAUUUGGGGCUUCGGGACCGUAGACGAGAGAUGCUGUCGGAACAGUUCUCCCUGGUACCAAAGUUACUGGUCCUUUCCCAGCUUCUCGUGCUUUUUCUUCUCCUAAUGACCAUAUUUUUUGCCAAAAAUUGGGAGAUGUGGUCUGACCAGAAUCUGAGGUUUGGACGGUCCUGGAAGCCCGGACUCGGCGUGGUGCCACCUUCCUCCACCUGCCCAUCCGUUGCACCUUGUUAGCGUUGGUCUUCACCUUGUGGUGCCCUAUUCCCCCGCCUCCCUGGCUCGGCUGAAGGAAAGCCUGAAAGGCCACCGAGCCCUUAUACCUCAUUUCUUCUGAUAAAGGGAUCCCUGGCGCCGCCUGUGGCGGGGGAGGCAGCAGGGCCCUCAUUGCCGAGGGACUUAAAUGCAGUUCAGAGCCUGGGUGUUCCUUCUCUUUCCCCUGCCAUCCGUGUAUCACCGGGGCCUGGUGUUCUAGCUUUGUCAUUCCUCUCAGCCCCAGCUUUGCACUGGGCUUUAUCUUUAUUUUUUAUUUUAAAGCACUGCCUGCCAGAGCUGGGCCUGGGGCCUGGUCAGGAGCCCCUCACAGCUGCUCGCUCUGGCAGCGCAUGCACACGUGACCCAGUGGGUGGGGAAGGCGGGCCUGAGGAGCUCGUUGAGCCCUGGACCCCCAGCAUGUGCAGAGGAGACAGGUUUACGGCAGAACUCACUUGCCAGCCCGCCUCUCAGGGCCCCCUGACCCUGAAGCAGCAGCGGGCAGUCCCCGCCCCUCAGCUUUGUGUGUGUGUGGUUCUGUUUGCCCCCCUUUUAUCUGUUGCUAUUUUUGUGCUGCCUCCCCCAUCUUGGCAUUUUGUAAAGUGGCUCCUGGGGGAAUAUCUGCUUAGUCCCUCAUUCCAUUGUUUUGGAAGGAAGGAGGGUCCGCGGCAAUGUGAUGGGGGGAGGGGUCUUUUGUACGGUUGGAUUAAUAAAAUGACGUGAAAAUCC